ACACUAGGAACAAUGAACGGCACAGUGGUGAAGGCUCUCAAUGUGUCGGAACGGUGCCCCAGAGACACGCGGAUGGUACAGCUGGUGUUCCCAGCACUCUACACUGGCAUUUUCCUUACCGGCAUAACGCUGAACACUCUGGCCCUGUGGGUGUUCACCCACAUCCCCAGCUCUUCCACUUUCAUUGUCUACCUCAAAAGCACCUUGGUAGCUGACUUGAUAAUGACUCUUACGCUUCCAUUCAAAAUCCUCUCUGACUCGCACCUUGGACCGUGGCAGCUGAGAGCUUUUGUGUGUCGCUUCUCAGCUGUUGUCUUCUAUGAGACCAUGUAUGUGGGCAUCAUGCUGCUGGGCUUUAUCGCCUUUGACAGAUUCCUCAAGAUCAUCAGGCCAUUCGGAAAGUUUGUCGUACAGAAACCUGCUUUUGCGAAAACAGUCUCAGUCCUCAUCUGGCUCCUUUUGUUUCUAAUUUCCUUGCCCAAUAUGAUCUUAAGUAACAGGGAGGCCACACCGUCCUCAGUGAAGAAAUGUGCCUCUUUGAAGAGUCCUCUGGGGCUGAAAUGGCAUCAAGUGGUGAAUUACAUAUCCCAGUUUAUUUUCUGGACUGUUUUUGCCCUCAUGCUUCUGUUCUAUGUGGUGAUUGCAAAAAAAGUAUACAACUCUUUUAGAAAAUCCAAAAGCAAGGACAGCAGAAGCAACAAAAAGCUAGAAGGUAAAGUAUUUGUUGUGGUGGCUGUGUUCUUUGUGUGUUUUGUGCCGUUUCACUUUGCUAGAGUCCCAUAUACUCAAAGUCAAACCAACAAUAAGACUGACUGUAGACUGCAAAAUCAACUGUUCAUUGCUAAGGAAUCAACUCUAUUUUUGGCAGCAACAAACAUUUGUAUGGAUCCUCUAAUCUACAUAUUCCUCUGUAAAAAAUUUAUAGAAAGACUACCAUGCAUGAAAGGGAGAAAGUUUGUAACAUCAAGCCAAGAAAAUCACAGUAAUCAGACAGACAAUAUAAUCCUAAAAUGACAGCU